AUGUCACGAGCGGCAGGCACUCUACAAACAACUUACAAUGCUACUUAUUAUCCACCGUCACUCAUGCCAGGUUAUCGAGGACAUGUUCCAACUACUCAAUUUCAAUAUGGUGAAACAUUUGGUAAUGCAACAGCAAAAUAUUUUCAAGAUUAUCGAAGUGAAGCACUUAAUUCAUCAAAAAGUCUUUAUGCACGAGGUGGAUAUUUUCCAACUCCAUAUACUCAUCAACCAGAACUCGUUAUGAGUGAUCGUCGUCGUAGUCGUGAUCAAUAUCUUUAUCUACCAAAAUAUGCACUUAAUAAUACAAAUGUUGAUAGAACAAAUGAAAUACGAAAAUUUUAUCAACUUUCUCAAGAACAUCGCGAUACAUAUACAGAUCGAAGUGGUACUUUACAUCCUGUUGAAUAUUUUACAUUACCUGUACCAAAUGAAAGAAUGUAUGAAGCUAAUUUACCAUAUUCAUCAAUAUUACUUCGUCAUACAUCGGACAUUAAUAUUCCGGUUAAUCGAAAUUUUCCACCAAUAAAAGAAGUAGCUAAACAAUCAGAUUUUAAAUUAUUUCCUCCAUCUACUCAAAGUUCGAAUAAAAUUCAUGGUGGAUUAGAACAAAAGCAACAACCAGCAACAAAUUCAUCGCCAACUGUUGAUUAUCUGUGUUGA